AUUUAAAUUUAUUGGUUUUAAUUUUGCAGUUAAGAAUAUUUGACAUAUAUAGCAUCAUUCAGUCCUUUAUUGUUUCCAAAUCACCAUCACAGAGAUGGUUAAAGGAAUCUCUAAUUCGUCUUGUUAUAUUAGUAUCCAGUGCUCUCUGUUUAUUGAUUGCAAGACUAAAAUUAAUGGGAUCACAGUUACCAGUUUUCACAAAAUUUGACAAUCCUGCAGCUGUAUCUGAAACACCAAUUCGACAACUCACGUAUAAUUAUUUAUUGCCUGUCAAUGCAUGGCUCUUACUUUACCCAUACAAUUUAUGUUGUGAUUGGACAAUGGGGACCAUUCCACUUGUAGAAUCAUUCCUCGAUCUAAGAAAUUUGGCUACAUUGGCACUCUACUGUGCAGUUGGAAUAAUGAUUUGGAGAGCUAUAUCAUCAGAUGAUGAACAGUCAAAUAUUUUAAUUAUUGUGAGUUUUUUAUCAUUUGGAUUACUACAUUUUCUUAUUUUUUAUUGUAAUUCUCAAAUUUUACAUAAGAAAAUUUCUAAAUAUUUUAGUGUUCAGCCAGAUGACAUUGGUGCUCACAUAAAUGUUGGGAGAACUUACAAUAAUUUGAAAAUGUAUACAGAAGCAGAACAAGCAUUUUGGAAAUGUCAAACUUUCAUGAGAGUGUUAUGUAGGAGCAAUAAGAAGAGGAUUGUGCAGAGGUUAAAGGAACAUACAAAAGAGAAGGAAAAUACAGUCCUUAGUUUAACAAUGUUGGAAGAUGAUCCUGCAGAUAUUAAAUUUCAAGAAUUCUUUCUAGUUGGUCAAUAUUUAAGAAUGAGAAUGCUAAACUCUGAAGGUGGAUUUAAAAAAAACUGUGAAAAGUCCUAUACUUUAUUUACUAAAAAUGGAGAUGUUAUACUUGAUAUAUCAGAUGAAUUUUUUCCUGGUGAAGAAGAUAAAAGAUCAAAUGGCUCACCUGAUAGUUGUGAACUUAGAAGUGAAGUUUCAGGGUUCAAACCUGCAUUUGCAGAGAUUUUUUUUUCCUUCAGACACUCAAUAUUUAGGGACAAUAUAUACUGUGAUAAUGACCUGUUUUAUUUUAUUUUUUUUUCUAGAACUCAAGAAGCUCAGGAAGUUUAUGAAAGAGCUUUGCAGUUUGACAAUACCAAUCCAGAUAUCUAUUAUAAUUUGGGAGUAGUUUUCUUGGAACUAGGAAAAGCAUCACAAGCAUUAUUAUAUUUUGAUAAAGCUUUAGAAAUUAAUCCUGAACAUGAACAAGCCUUGAUGAAUUCUGCAAUUCUGAUUCAAGAGAGUGGAAAUCCUCAUUUAAGAAAAAUAGCUUAUGACAGAUUAUAUUUGUUAUUACAAAAAGGAAAAGCAAAUGAAAGAAUUUACUUCAAUCUUGGUAUGCUUGCAAUGGAUGACAAACAGAUGAAAAUUGCAGAAACUUGGUUUAAGAAGGCUAUUGAGCUUAGAGAAGAUUUCCGUAGUGCACUCUUCAAUCUUGCCUUAUUGCUUUCAGACUCUCAUCGUCCAUUAGAAGCUGUACCUUAUCUCAGACAAUUAUUAAAGCAUCAUACAGAUCAUGUCAAAGGAUUAAUUUUGUUGGGUGAUAUUUAUAUCAAUCAUGUAAAAGAUUUGGAUGCAGCUCAAGAGUGCUAUUUGAAAAUACUACAGUUUGAACCAUCAAAUAUUCAGGCCUUACAUAAUUUGUGUGUCGUGUAUGUGGAAAGAGGACAUUUAGUUAAAGCCGAAAGAUGCCUUACGAAAGCCAUUUCUUUGGCCCCCCAAGAAGAUUAUAUUCAGCGUCACUUGCGAAUAGUCAAGGCGAGAAUAUCAAAACAGCAGAAACGGCUAGGGGAUGCCUCAAAUGAUCUAUCCAGAAAGGACGAAGGUUCCCAUACAGAACAGACAUUGGGGAAUGAGAGACCGCUGUCGGCAACACUUCCAUCAAAGGUAGAUUUUGGACAGAAUAAAUUUGCAAAGGACACGUCAUCUGAAGUUUCCUUGAGGAGAAGCGGACGGAAUGUCUCGACAGAAUCAUAAGUCGAUCGUCAAAACGAUGAAUAAUUUUUGGUGCUACGUGUGGUGCAUUUUGAAAUCACAUCAUGUAAUAAAGUCAUAUUGUAAAUUUUACACAUUUGAUGCAUAUUAUAAUCUAUAUUUUUGUAUAUUAAGUAUGCAUUUAAAAGAACAGAUCAAUCUAAUGUUAUCAAAUAAAAGUAUGAUAAUCAAUAUAUAAUUAAGAAUAUUUCAAGCAAUGUUUAAGAAAUGUUAUUGUUUAGAAUUGUACAGUACAUUAACUUUACUCUUCUAGGUAAUGUACAAUAUAAAAUGGGUGAUAUCUUCUCUCAGUAAUGAGGAAUCAGUGAAGCAAAUAAUAAUAGCUGUGAUUAACUUAUUAUUACUAUGCAAAUUACGUUAGGUGUGGGAAGCAUUUUUUGUCUGUAUAUAAAAUAUUUGUCCAGUUUAUUAUUGAUAACCCAUAGAUGUUACAAGUGAAUCUUAUAUGCAUAUUUCUAAAUCUCUUCAUGUGAAGUAUUUUAAUCUCAUUCUGUCAAAAGUUUUUUUUUGUGCUGGAAUUUAAGUUUUUGAUAAUGUUAUGACUAUUAUGAAUAUAUUUGAAGCCAAGUACAUACAUAUCAUUGUCCAAGGGUUAUAUAUGCCAUACUAUAAUGAUGAGAUGCAAUGCAUUAUAUCAAAUUGUUAUCCUACAAAUGUAUCAAAUUGCACCUUUUAUGGCAGUUAACUUUAUAUGUACAAUAUUUUCAUAAAUUGGUAUAAAUGCUUAUAAUUAUU